AUGAAAGGACCUUCGGCUUUGCUAGAGAAGAAGGCCCUCCACGACGCCAUGCCCGUUGUCUCAGUAGACCCGAAAACGACCCAAGCACUUGCAAGGAGCCUGUCGAGUGGUACAUUCAUCGAUAUGCAGUUCAAUACGUUCACUCGUAUGCGCAAAGUGGGCAACCAACAGAGGCUCUGUCGUCCCCUUCCCCUGUACGCAGCAUCUUCGGCUCUCAAAGGCGUCGAAGCAUGUGGCGUCGACAUCGCUGGAACAAACUGGAGUAGCCUCUUAUCGACAUCCGACCACGGACGAUCCUUUGUAGAUGCAGGCAAUGAGUACGAAGAAGACAGUGACUUCGAUCCCGAUGAGCACAUCAUCGAGGAAGUUGUCGAGAAAGUCCAUGGUACUUUGGUGUCCAAUACGAGUGACACAAUGUCUGUUGGCUCUUCAGAAUUCUCGGACCUCACAUCUGAUGGAUUGGCGAUGGCGACUUAUCCCUCGGUUUCCAGGACCGUCCUGGUCACUGGAGCCGCCUAUAAAACAUGGAAGGCGUUCUUGUUCUAUGCUUACACCGGCCAGACCAACCUUUCCUCUCUUACGUCGUGCAACGUCUCUGAGGAACUCCAGGCACUGCCGGCUGACAGGACGGAGGAUUCCCGGUCAGAGUGCCCUCGGUGCUCCCCAAAGUCGAUGUAUCGACUGGCUCACAAGCUUCAACUUGAGUCUCUCAAGCAAAUCGCAUUCCAGGAGAUCCGGAGAAACCUCAAAAACGAGAACAUAUUGACCGAAGUCCUCUCCAAAUUCACCUCGAGAUACCCGGAGAUACGAGACAUGGAGACCGACUUCUUGCUGGCUCAUCGUCACGAAAAGGGGGUUAUGGACACCCUCCCCGGCAAGAUGGAGCGCGUUAUGCGAGGCGAGAUGCCGCAUUGCAAGGAGGUGCUCACCGCCAUCAUGUUGGCGAGCAUAAAGCGCGAUUGA